AUGCCGCCGAGACACUCACUGCGGGCCUUUCUCCAGGAAGCCCGGUCCGUCCUCAAAGCGCCCGCAAGACGGCCAAAUCCUCUGACGUUCGUCGUCGGCAACGAGUCGGCUGACCUCGACUCCCUCUGCUCCGCGCUCCUCUUCGCCUAUUUCCGCACCCACGCGACGCAGAAAUUGACAUGCAUACCGCUGUGCAACCUGCCGCGCGCCGACCUCGCACUGCGGCCCGAGUUCGAAGCCGUGCUGUCCGCCGCCCACGUCCGGCCCGAUGAUGUGAUCACGCGGGACGAGCUGCCCGACUCGAACAACCUGAGACCUGAGGACACAGAGUGGCUGCUGGUCGACCACAACGCGAUGACUGGCGAGCUGGCACGGGUCUAUGGAGACAGGAUUGUGGGCUGCAUCGACCACCACGACGACGAAAAGACGGUCGGGGCGAACGCUGAUAUUCGCGUCGUGGAGAAGAGCGGGAGCUGCACGAGUUUGGUGAUGGUGCACUGCGCCGACAUCUGGCAUACGCUGUCUACACAGACCGGCGACGGCAGCAACGGCGAGGGUAAUCCGGAGGCGCGCCGCCGCCUUGACGCGGAGCUCGCGCAUCUCGCGCUUGCCCCGAUUCUCAUCGACACGACAAACCUGGGCGAUGUGCACAAGACAACAAAGUACGACGAGGAUGCGGUGGCGAUUGCCGAAGCCAAAAUCAACCGCGACACCGGAUCCUCACGGAGGUCUUCGACGUCGGCGUCUAGGUUCGACCGCACUACCUUUUUCAAAAAGAUAGCGCACAUGAAAGAGGAUAUCUCGCAGAUGACGAUACUUGACAUUUUUCGCAAGGACUACAAGGAAUGGGUCGAGGGCGCGGCCACGGGAGAGGGGUCGAAGGCACUGAAGCUGGGCACGGCCUCGGUGCCACAGUCGUUUGCGUACCUCGUCGACAAGGUCGGAGGCGACGCGGCUACUUUCGCGGAUGGGGUUACGCGGUUCGGCACGCUGCAGGGCGUCGAUCUAAUGGUUGUGCUGACAACAUCCACAAUGGACGGGUUUUCGAGGGAGUUGUUGCUCUGGGGUGGGACGGACCAGGGUGUGAGCGCCGCGAAGGCCUUUGCGGACGCCCAGGCUGAGAAGUUGAAGUUGAGCUGCUACAGAGAUGGAAUGCUCGAUUUUGAUGAAGGCAUUUUGGGGUGGAUGAGGUGCUGGACGCAGGGCGCGGUGGAUAACAGCCGCAAGCAGAUCGCGCCCAUGUUGAGAGAUGCGCUCAGGGAGCAGGCGAAUGAAUCAGCGAAGGGGUGA